AUGGCUACCACAAUCAAUUCAACACUCAAGCUGGCCAGUGGCUAUGAGAUUCCCCGUCUAGGAUUUGGAGUCUACAAAACUCCCCCAGAAGAGACGGAGCGAUGCUGUUUAGAAGCACUCAAGGCUGGCUAUCGCCAUAUUGAUUCUGCCGCGAUGUACAAGAAUGAAGCUGGCUGUGGCAGCGCGAUUCGCGCAUCAUCCAUUCCGCGCGAUCAGAUAUUCUUUACUUCCAAGGUCUUUAAUAUUAGCUAUGAUGGAGCCAAGGCAACUGUCGAUGAGACCCUUCGUCUGACGAAGCUCGAGUACAUUGACCUGAUGCUUCUUCACAAACCAAUGGGUGGCUCCGAGAAUCGCAAGGGUGCAUGGAAAGCGUUGGUCGAGGCCGUUGAAGCGGGCAAAGUACGCUCGAUCGGUGUCAGCAACUACGGCGUGCACCACCUAGACGAGCUCGAGCAACAUAUCCACGAACUUGAACUGGAACGCGGCGGCAAAGGCAAAGGGGGCAUUAUCAGCAUCAAUCAAGUCGAACUGCAUCCAUGGCUAGCUCGAAAGGAUAUCGUCAAUUGGGGUACCAGUCACGGCGUUGCGCUCCAAGCUUACGCGCCCAUUGUGCGUGGCGCCCGCUUUGAAGAGCCAUCCGUCAAGAAGCUGGCAGAUAAAUAUCACAAAACACCAGCCCAGGUUCUCAUUCGAUGGAGUCUUGAUAAGGGCUUCAUUCCGUUGCCGAAGAGCGUUACACCGUCGCGCAUUGUUGCCAAUGCCGAUGUCUUCGACUUCAAGUUGACUCCCGAGGAAGUUCAGGAACUGGAGACGGAUGAAUACAGUCCUUGUGCGUGGGAUCCGACUGUGACGAAGCUGGAGGAAUAG